AUGAUUAAUGAUAAUAAUGAUGAUAUUAUCAAAAAGGUCAGCAGUUGGUGGGCCGACCCGUCAAACGAAAAAAACAAGUAA